GUGUGACACGCCCUGCUCACUCAGAGGCUCAUAUUGGUGUAGCGGUCUGUCUCACUGCUCUAGUCUGCAGAUAGACAGGCAGGCAGUCUGUUGACUUCACAGAACCGGGCUUUUCUUACCCUGGAAGUAUCCUGACGAGCCAGAGCCAGGGGCGGCCGGUGGGAGGAGGCAAAGAGACCGCAGCUGCUGCGCCGCACAGCCUCUUUGACAGCUUCAAGAGGAAGCAUCCACCAGCACCGACCGAUGUCUACGGUAGGGAGCGAUUUUCUUCUUCUUCUUUGACUCAUAAGCGACCGCCUUUUCAAGGACUUGUGUGAAGGCCGGGACCUCAACGGGUUAGGAGAGCAAGCAACAGACGCACAAACCAGACUGACGGACAUCUGCGGUGGGGCAACGGGUAGCAGCAUGGCGUCCGUAGUGGAAUACUACGCUGGCAAGAAUGUGCUGAUCACGGGAGCCACGGGCUUCAUGGGAAAAGUGCUGGUGGAGAAGCUGCUGAGGUCCUGCCCUGAGGUCAAAGCCCUUUACAUCCUGGUCAGACCCAAAGCUGGGCAGUCCAUGAAGCAGAGGGUCAGCGACAUGAUGAAGUGCAAGCUUUUCGACCGUGUGAGGGAGGAAAACCCCGAUUUCCACCAGAAGAUCAUCCCAAUCAGCAGCGAGCUGACGCAGCCGGGCCUGGCCAUCAGCCCAGAGGAUGUGGAGAAGCUCACCGCCUGCAUCAACAUCGUCUUCCACUGCGCCGCCACCAUCCGCUUCGAUGAGCCGCUCAAACACGCCCUGCAGCUCAAUGUGAUCGCCACACAGCAGCUCCUCAGCCUGGCCCAGCAGAUGCAUCACCUCGAGGCCUUCAUUCACAUCUCCACCGCCUAUGCAAACUGCAAUCGCAAGCACAUCGAUGAGGUCAUCUACCCGCCGCCCGUCGAGCCCAAGAAACUCAUAGACUCCCUUGAGUGGAUGGACGAUGGCAUCGUGCGGGACAUAACACCACGGCUCAUCGGCGACAGGCCCAACACGUACACCUACACCAAAGCCCUGGCUGAGUACGUGGUGCAGCAGGAGCAAGACAAGCUCAACAUUGGCAUCAUCAGACCCUCCAUAGUGGGAGCCAGUUGGCAAGAGCCCUUUCCUGGUUGGAUUGACAACUUCAACGGGCCAAGCGGCGUCUUUAUAGCUGCGGGAAAGGGUAUCCUGCGCACCAUGAGGGCCAACAAUGAUGCGGUGGCAGAUCUGAUCCCUGUGGAUGUGGUCAUCAACCUCACUCUGGCUGCUGGCUGGUACACUGCUGUACACAGACCUAAAACGGCCCUGGUGUACAACUGCACGACCGGCGGCAUCAACCCUUUUCACUGGGGAGAGAUCGAGCACCACGUGAUGUCCUCCUUUAAGAGAAACCCCUUGGAGCAGGCUUUCCGAAGACCCAACGCCAACAUCACCUCCAACUACCUGAUAAACCAGUACUGGAUCCUGGUCAGCCACAAGUUCCCCGCUUUCAUCUACGACCUCUUCCUGCGCCUCUCCGGGCAGAAGCCGCAGAUGAUGCGCAUCUUCAAUCGCCUGCACAAGGCCAUCAGCCUGCUGGAGUAUUUCAGCAGCCAGGACUGGGAGUGGAACUCUGAGAACAUGAGCAUGCUGAUGGGCCAGCUAACCCCUGAGGACAGGAAGACAUUUAACUUUGAUGUGCGCCAGCUGAACUGGCCUGAGUACAUUGAGAACUACUGCAUCGGCACCAAGAAGUAUGUCCUGAAUGAAGACAUGUCUGACAUUCCUGCUGCCAGGCAGCACCUGAGAAAACUGAGAAACAUUCGCUACACCUUCAACACCCUGCUGAUCGUUUUCAUCUGGAGGGUGUUUAUCGCCCGCUCCCAGAUGGCCAGAAACAUCUGGUACUUUGUGGUCAGCCUCUGUUUCAAGUUCCUCUCCUACUUCCGUGCAUCCAGCACCUUAACCAUUUGAGUCUUCCUCACCGCCUCAAGCCAGAGUCAGCAGCCCUCGCCUUUAGCUGUCAGCAGGAGGAAUACAUCCACUGUGGACACUCUAAAUCCUUCUAAAUGUGGACAAGCGGGGCUCUGCACACGUGGGGGUGGCAGUUAUGUGAAGAAGAGGGGGAAAAUGAGGUCUACUAGCCAUGAAUUAAGCAUUCAGUUUGGAUAUCUGUCAUCGGUUUGUGCACUCUUCAAUCUCCAACCCCGUCCAAAAAGAAAAGUGUUGUCAUUCAUUUUGUACCUUCUGUUUUCGUCUCAAAGUGGCCAAUUAUAUAUGCAACAAUAAGCCUUUCGUGUGAUUUCCUUUUUCUUUUCCACCCUCUUAAAUCUCAAUACAUCGCCUUGCCUUGUAAGUACUUUUUUUUCAUACUUGAAUAAUACUGGCACUGCAUCAUUGGAGGAAAAUUUCUAUGAGAUCAUUAUAGUUCAUGUUUUUGUUUUUGUUUUGUUUUUUUACUGUGGGGAUCUCCAGUUUUUGUCUUUAAUACACGGGUGAUUCUGAUAUCUGUAUGUCUUUGCAAUGAGUGCAUCUACUGCCUUUUUAACAUCCCCAAAAAAACUCACCGGUGGUUUUCCAUCUUAAUACUGAUCUGCAGUAUAUUAAGAAUAGUAUUAAAGCUAAACUCAAACUACAUGAGACACCUAUGGCUACAGAUACAGAUGCCACCUUUCCUGUUGUUACAGUUGUCACUUAUUUAUGACCACAGAUGUUGAUGUUCGUACGUCUUGUUUGAAUGCUCAUCCACUUUUUUGCCUGUUUGUACAGCAGUUUGUACUGAAACUAAGUUUACUACUUUUACAUCUUUAUACCUGCGCCAAAGGCUAGUCCGACUAUAUGUGGUAGACCUUGGCUGUGUAGAAUAUAUAAAUAAGAGUAAAUCAGAGUGAACUUUAUUUGUAUAGCCCAGUAUAUACUGCACAUUGUUUCCCAACAGUUUCUAAGCAAACUUUGUAAGAAGACAACUCCCCAAAAGGUUAGCACGUUAGGGAAAGAUAUUUCACAGGCAAAGCAGGAGCGAGUGAUUCAGUUAAAAUGGUUCAAUGCCUCAUAGUAUAGAAGAUGAAAGUUGGAGACCAUUGCAGGUACCUGCAGCAAAGGAGCCUGAAUUCAUGCCCUUGUUGCAAGUGCACAACACAGUGGAGGUUAAAAAGGAAAAAAAAGUGGGCCUAUUACUGAGCCCUGAGGGAUGCCUCACCUUAUAAAGUGAAGUUGGAGAGGGCAGUUUGGUGUAGUAGGAAGUCAGAGUGGUAAACACGAGUUAUAUUUGAGCAGUGGUAUCCAUUCAACGUAUCCAGAGAUGUUUUCAGUGCUCCUGAGAUGCUAAUUAUGAUUUAGUGAUCAGAGUAAAGUGUCAUCUGCAUAUGAGUGAAAAGUCAUGCCCCAGUUUCAAGUAAUUCUUCCUAAAACACUAAAUACAAAGCCAUAAGAGAUGCCUCACCUCACAGAAUGGAGAAAUAGACUGCUACGACAAACAGAUCAAUUUAAUAAUGCAUAUUUAAAAUGAUCCAAUGGAAGUUAAAAGAAAAUAAGUGGGCCUGGUCCUGAGCCCUGAGGAAUGCCACGCCUUACAGAGUGGGGCUGGAGAGGGCAGUUUAAUUGCAUAGAAAGUCAGGUCACCUGAAAUCCUGAGGAGACCUCACCAGCCUAGUCACAGUGGUAAACAUGAGUUAUAAUAUAAUGAGUUAUAGAAAUUAUUGCCUGCUGCACAACAGAGUGCACUUUUAUUUACCAAACCAAACAAUUUUGGGGAAAUGGGUCAAACUGUUCAGAAGACCGAUUUUGAGGUUCCUAUAAAUACAGUUGUUAUGUCUCGAGCCCUGGUUUUUCAAACACUGCUGGAAAAUUGUUUUAAAAAAGAUUUUUACCACUGUGAUUUUAACAUUAUGUUAGUGCAUAAGAGACACACACUACAACUUCAGUAGAUCCAAAGAAAAUGGAAAAAACUAGUUGCUGGAUAUCCAACAGCUUGCAGUUUAAAAAAAAAAGAAGGCCCACACCUGUGCAGAUGAAGGCUCUCUUUUCUCUUCUGAUUUCUUGAGGCAGACUAAGAGAUCAAAAGACUCAUGAGGCACUUUAAAAUCACAUACAGCGUGAAUGUGAGGCUUCUGCAGAAUAAUUAAUUUAAAAGUACUGGUUAAAUUACAAUCUAAGCUGGCAUUGUAUCCCCUAUGCCAGAGUACUUCAGCUUCAUCGUCUUAAAGGUGCAGGGCACUGAGCAAUCAGAGUUGAGUUGCAUCUGCAUAUAUGUGUGAAAGUUCAUGACCCAGCUUCAAAUGAUUCUUCCUAAAUUAAGUAAAAACUAGAUAACUGGACCAAGACAGAGCCAUAAGAUAUGAGUCCAGAUUUAUAUUUAAAAAGUCCCAAGUAAAGGGCUGGGAACAUGGUUAAAACUCUACUGGCAUUACAUUCUUUCUGCAUAUUUGGAAUAUCUGUAAAUAGAUGCUUGCAUAUUAUUCUUAUAGAUUACCAAAAACUUUUAUUUGACUGUUGAUUUAUUUUGGUUGAGUGUCUUCACAGAGCUUCCCACAGAGUCUACCAAAAGUGUGACCGGCUGGUAUGAUUUUUACUGAAAGAAUGAGACAGCUGUGUACAGUAUUGUAUAUGUUGCAAGGCAUUACUCUUGACAGAAUUAAAAAUACUUAAUAGUGAUGAGCCUUUAUGGGAGAAAAAGGGACAAAACUAAAUGUUUAUGCAAAGCCCAUGUCUGGUGAAAUCAUGAUAACUGUCCUCUUAAUUUCAGACCCGAAACAUCAUACAAGGCCUGCAUGAUGAAGCAGUUGCAUCAGAUUGUUCUCAAAGAGCUACAGGGCUAUAUUAAUGAUGUUGUCAGUAUGGAGUUUUGCUCUUCUGUGUGUCUGUCUUGUCUUCUUCUUCUUUUUCUUUUUUUUUCAAAUGCAGAGCACUGUUGGUACCAUAAACCCCAGACUGGAGCUACUGUUACUGUAUGUAACAAACGGCAUCACUUAACCAAUGACUUCAUGUUAUUUCUGGUGUCAUUUGCAAAACAUCCGACCGCCUGUAUUCCCUGCUCUGACAACACUUUCAAGUCUGCUUGGCAAAACUGAAAUAAACUCGAAGAGUAAAGGUGCACAUGUGCUGCAGUCUUUCAUGCUUGCCUUCCAGCUCACUCGUUCAUGGUUACAGAGGAGAAAAUGAAAAGUGAAAGAUAUAUUUUUCCUGGAACCACUUCAGUUCUGACCAACCCAGCUGGCUGAUGAUCAGUUAAGCAGGUUUGAUUAGCAGCUCCUAGAAGCAGUAAGGGUCUAUUUAGUGACACACUGGCUCAAUUUUUGUUAAAUAAAGACUUAUGUCAUGUGGUAGACCUGCUAAAGACAUUCUUGACUACGACUGCACUUAUAGAGGAUGGCUUAAUAGGCAACAUGACACUUGCUCAGUCAUCCUUCUCGAACCUGACUGCCAUCAUUUCAUGGUUUACCUGUUUAAAAACCAUCUGCAU